GUAAAUGAAAUGCUUAAAGAAGCCGUGGUUGAAAUAAAAAUUGCAUUCUCCGCCACAUUACGCAUGCGAUAUGGUCCUGGUGUUUUGCCAGUUGAUAUGGCAUCUUGA